AAGGGGCGGGGCGGCGGCUAUCCUGAGUGUGCAGCAAUUAACGCUAAGGCCACUUUGGUGGUGAGGGAAGUGGAGGUUCCUUUCCUCUGUGCCGGGUACCGAACGAAGAGGAAGGAAAAAGUGAGGAGAGUUAGUCCGGUCGGUGGCCUCAAGACUCUGGCUCCGCGGAGUUUGUUUGGAUUUAAUCUUGAGGUUGCAGGCGCCCGCCCGCCUACGGGCCUCGCGGGACACAGAGAGAGAAGCACCGGUGCUUGUGCCUGGCGCCUGCCGAGUCCCCGACGCUCGCCCGUCCGCGCCGCUGCCCGUGGCGGCCGCGUCUCUGAACCGCGGGGUCGUGUUUGUGUUUGACCCGCGGGCGCUGGCGGCGUGGCACGCGGCUGAAGCCGGUGCCAGCGGGGCGGGGCCCGGCGCAGCGGAGGCGGAGGAAGACGGAGCGGGAGUCCGGGCAGGCCCGGCGGCGCCAUGGAACUGGGCCCGGAGCCCCCCCACCGCCGCCGCCUGCUCUUCACUUGCAGCCCCACUCCUGCGCCGCAGCCCACGGGGAAGGUGCUGUUUGGCGCGUCAGCUGCUGGCGGACUGUCCCCUGUCACCAACCUGACGGUCACCAUGGACCAGCUGGAAGGGCUGGGCAGUGACUAUGAGAAACCAAUGGACGUGAGAAAUAGCAGCAGUCUACAGAGAAUGGGCUCCUCUGAAUCGACUGAUUCAGGUUUCUGUCUAGAUUCUCCUGGGCCCUUGGACAGUAAAGAAAACCUUGAAAUUUCCCUGAGGAGAAUAAAUUGCCUACCUAAGCUCUUGGGGUGUAGCCCAGCGCUAAAGAGGAGCCAUUCUGAUUCUCUAGACCACGACAUCUUUCAACUCAUUGACCAGGAUGAAAAUAAAGAAAAUGAAGCAUUUGAAUUUAAAAAGCCAAUAAGACCUGCAUCUCGUGGCUGCCUGAAUGCUCACGUUCACGAGGAAAGUAAGGACCCCUUUACACACAGGCAGAAUUCAGCCCCAGCUCGGAUGCUGUCUUCAAAUGAAAGUGACAUUAGUGAAUCAGGAAAUUUCAGUCCUCUUUUUACACCCCAGUCACCUGUGAAAGCCACUUUGUCUGAUGAGGAUGAUGGCUUCAUAGACCUUCUGGAUGGAGAGAAUCUGAAGAAUGAUGAGGAGACCCCGUCGUGCAUGUCAAGCCUCUGGACCGCUCCCCUUGUCAUGAGAAGACCUACAAACCUUGCCGAUCGAUGUGGACUGUUUGACUCCCCUUCCCCGUGCAGCUCCACCAGCAGCUGCAGCACUCGGGCAGUGAAGAGAGCAGACCGAUCUCAUGAGGAGUCUCCUCGAGGUACAAAGCGGAGGAAGAGCAGUGAGGCCAGUCCAGUGAAGGCAGAUGUUCCGGAGCCAACGCAGCUUCCACACCAGUCUCUCUCCCUGACAUCUUUCCCCAAAGGAACCAUUGAGAACAUUUUGGACAGUGACCCAAGAGACCUUAUAGGGGAUUUCUCCAAGGGUUACCUCUUUCAUACGGUCUCUGGGAAGCAUCAGGAUUUGAAAUAUAUUUCUCCAGAAAUUAUGGCAUCUGUUUUGAAUGGCAAGUUUGCCAAUCUCAUUAAAGAGUUUGUUAUCAUUGACUGCCGAUACCCAUAUGAAUAUGAAGGAGGGCACAUCAAGGGUGCCGUGAACUUGCACAUGGAAGAAGAGGUUGAGGAGUUCUUACUCAAGAAACCUAUCGUGCCCGCUGACGGCAAGCGUGUCAUUGUCGUGUUCCACUGUGAGUUCUCCUCUGAGAGAGGCCCUCGGAUGUGCCGAUAUGUACGGGAACGAGAUAGGCUUGGCAAUGAAUACCCCAAACUCCAUUACCCUGAGCUGUAUGUCCUGAAGGGGGGAUACAAGGAGUUCUUUUUGAAAUGCCAGUCUCACUGUGAACCCCCCAGCUACCGACCGAUGCACCAUGAAGACUUUAAAGAAGACCUAAAGAAGUUCCGCACCAAGAGCCGGACCUGGGCAGGGGAGAAGAGCAAAAGGGAGAUGUACAGUCGCCUGAAGAAGCUUUGAGGCCAAAUGGCAGUGACCUGAGCUUCCCUCCGCCCUGUCCCUUUGUCCCUUUGCUGUAGAGCAGUAAGCAAAGGGGCCAGCUAUACGGCACCUGGACCCUGGAGAAAAACCUGGGCCUUCCAUGCCUUGAACCUCCUACACUCCCAGGUUGGAGCCCAGGGCAUCCUGCCGUCACACUCUUCUGUGAGAGUCCUUCCCUGUCAGGACUGUCUGCCAAAGCUGGACAAGCUCGGCACAGGCUGGCACAGGCUCGAGUCUAGUCUGGAACGCCACGUCAGGCUACUCCGACUAAGCAUCCCCUGAAGAAGUGCCCAGGCCUCUCAUGAGGGGAGAGAAGCCACUGAAGUGCUGCUGGCCAAAUACCAAAGAUAGGCUGGAAGGGAGAGGUCCUCAUGGAUGACUCUUUAAUUUAUUCAGCCUCAUCAAUUAUUUUAUUAUUGUUUUAAUUCCUUUUACUUUUACUUUACUGCUUCAAAGUCAAAAUACUGCCAUUCUAGGUAGAGUUUUAUCAUCCUAGGAACUACCUCUACUUUUAAUUUAAAAAAAAAAAAAUGGGGCAGGGAUAAGAAAAAAGGCAAACCUGUUAAGUGUGGGCAGCGCAAGGAACUCAGUCACCCCUAGGAGGCGCUGUAGACUGGUAUUGCUGCUAUUCAAAGUCAAGGACUGAGAUGCUGGUCAGAGCCUGCACCAACCAGAUCCAGGCUUGGCUACAGGACAUAAGCUAACCUUCCCAGACCUACUUCUGCCCUUUGUGAUGUCCUUUGGGGAGAGUCUUGUCUGUACUCCUGGUCCCAGGUCCCCGUGACAGUGACUGGUGUGGGAGUUGCAGGAAGGCACAUCAAGCCACCCCCAGGCCAGUACUGGAAUGUUGAAGUGUACCCCAAGGUGGGAGUGGGGAGGCAUGGAAAAGUGGAGUCCACAGAGUAAGGGAGGAGCAUGCCCACUGAAUGUCCUUUAGAAAAAAAAAAGUCAUUUUAUGAGUCAGAGUAUCCAAUCAGUGUUGGGUGGGCACCUAAGCGUGAGCAGGGGGCGGGAAGCCCGGGCUGUUACAGACGACUGUAGAAUUUCUCAGGAGGGCGUAGUAAAUUUUGAAGUCAAAAGUUCUGGGUUUAUCAUGUUUUAAUUGAGGGACAGAGUGGUGAAACACAUCAGUUACCCCCUAAUCUAACCCCGUGGAAGUGAGGCUCUGGGGAAUGCCUCCCAUCUAAGGAGCUGGCCCGUUUUGAUUCUGUCAGUGUCCUCGGGCACCAGCCUCCCUGCCAUCUGUGCUCCAUUGGGGUCUAGCCAGGUUUUUCUUAGGAAGAGUCUCCCCUCUUAACCUCUGCUUUCUAUUCUGGGGGUGGGGAGGGAAUCAAUGAUAUUGAAGAUGGCUAGUUGCUUUGUUAAGGGUUUGAGUUUGCAUUUGGCUAUAAAACAAAUCUUGUUAAAAAUAUGUGGAGAGCAAGGGAAUGAGCAGCCUCUUCCCUGGUGUGUUGAAGUAUGUCCUAGUUGGCCCCUGGUCUGGUUUGUAGAGAUUCUGUUAGUUGAAUGCCUUCAAGGAGAAUGAAUGGCUUUCAGAUUGUACCAGCUUAGCUAGCAUUGUUAACCAGCUGCUGCAGGCUCUGCAAAUAAAAGUGAACUUGAACCCAUGA